AAUUUUCUACAAGGCUGGAAUCAGACUUGGACCAAAAUCCCCGCAGAGAAACAGGGUUAGCCAUUUGAGGAGAGCUUUGCUGCCCCUACCUCUACCUCUACCUCUACUCUACCUGGAGCAAGAACAAGGUCAGAACCAAAUGGCGGAAGCUAAAGAGUCAACGUCCAGUCCGCUCACUCAACCCGAUCCUGAAGAUUUCCCCAAGUCUCCGCCCAGCUCCCCCAACUCCUCCACUCGCAAGGCUUGCUAUGCAGUGCUCCAGAGUUGGGUCUCAAAAAAGUUCAUGACUGGAUGUAUGGUUCUCUUUCCUGUUGCUGUUACAUUCUUCAUCACUUGGUGGUUUAUUCAGUUCGUGGAUGGUUUCUUCAGUCCAUUAUAUGCGAGGCUUGGUAUUAAUAUAUUUGGCCUAGGGUUUGUUACAUCCCUAAUUUUUAUGUUCUUAGUCGGUGUAUUUGCUUCAUCAUGGAUGGGUGCAACUGUUUUCUCGGUUGGAGAGUGGUUCAUAAAACGAAUGCCCUUUAUGAAGCACAUAUACUCAGCAUCCAAACAAAUUAGUGCUGCCAUUUCUCCAGACCAAAAUACCACCGCUUUUAAAGAGGUUGCAAUUAUCCGUCAUCCUAGGAUUGGUGAAUACGCGUUCGGUUUUAUCACAUCAUCUGUAAUCCUUCAGCGGGAUGAUGGAGAUGAGGAGCUGUGCAGUGUUUAUGUCCCAACAAACCAUCUAUACAUUGGAGAUAUUUUUUUGGUCAAUUCCAAAGAGAUCAUACGACCAAAUUUGUCAAUUCGAGAAGGCAUAGAGAUCAUAAUAUCAGUUGGUAUGACAAUGCCACAGGUGAUUUCUCCAAUUGAAAGGGUUCCUCUUAACAGGAUGGUAUCUCUAUAAAACUGAUGACAGGUGCACACCAUAUGAUGUUUGGAUGUCUUAUCAUAUCCACCACAGGUGCUGUAUGUGAAGAUUAGUGCUUUGCUUAUAGACUACAAGUAGAGAUGACUUGGAUGAGAAAAGCUUUAGUUUUGCUCUUGGAAUGUUGGCUGGGGUUCCAGUUGAAGAUGAUUUGAAUGUAGGUCACAACAAAUUAUUGGGUCUUUUUUUUUCUCAAGUCACUGUUGAAUUUUAGGUAUUCUCUAAUAGUGCUAGAUAUGUAUCAAGUGUACCCCUUUGUAUCAAAGAAAAGGGAAAUGUGUAAAUUUACUGAAGAUUGUAUCAUACUUUAGGGAAAUGUACCUUAGGCUUAACAUUUAAAACCCAAUACCAGUUCUUAAUAUUGGUUUAAGAA